AUGAUCCUAAUCGUUCGCAACUCCUUUUGCUCCUUCUCCUCUUUACUGCUGAGGGCGCUGGAAGGACAACUGGAGGAGACACGAAGGGGACUGGAGAAGCUGGUGGCAGUCAAGGGUGAGCUGGCGACAGUCAAGGGUGAGCUGGUGACAGUCAAGGGUGAGCUGGCGACAGUCAAGGGUGAGCUGGCGACAAUCAAGGGUGAGCUGGCGACAGUCAAGGGUGAGCUGGCGUCAGUCAAGGGUGAGCUGGCGACAGUGAAAGUGGCGCCAGGGGAAGGAGGGUCGAUGGAAGUGAAAAGGGAGCUGGUUGAACAGGCGGACUGCUUGCGAAAAGUGGAGGAGGAAACGGUGGGCAUGGAGGGGGAGGUGCAGAGGUCGAGGAAAAGAGGGAAUGAGGCAGCAGCGACGGCGUGCCCGGCACCAAAGCGUGUCGAUACAACUCUGGAUCUGAAGGGUCUCUUUGGCCUCUCAUAUACCCUUCUCGGUCACGUGGCCACCAUGACUCUCAAGCACGUCCACCUCGAUGGGUCAUCAGGCUUCUCCUUUGACGGCAUCAAGGGGCUCUAUUCUCUGCCACAACUGGAGCGCUUGGAGCUGAAAAGCAGCGUAGUAAGUGAUAGCACCCUGGAUGGCAUUGGGAGGGUACGGACUUUGAAUCUUCUCUACCUCAACCGCACUGAGGUGACUGAUUCUGGGUUGGUGCACUUGACGUGCCUCACUGCCCUCAAGACUUUGAUACUAUACAAGUGCUGGAAGGUGACUUGUGCUGGCAUGGUGCACGGUGGGAGGAUGACAAGCCUCGAGGAGCUGUACCUGUUCGGAAGUGGGGUAAAAGACGAGGGGCUGCGAUUUCUGACACCUUUGAGCAAGCUCAAGAAGCUCAUACUCCCGGAUACGAUAACUGAUGCUGGCAUGGAGCACAUUCAGUGCCUAACUGCUGUGGAAUACCUGGAUUUCAACAAUUCUGUAGCGACGGAAAAGGGUGUGAAGCUUCUGGGAAGUUUACCUUGUUUGAAGCAUAUUAAAGCGUACGGUGAUGGCUUUCAGACAUUGCUGAGGAUCAUUCUUCCUGGAGUGGAAGUGGUUAGUUGCCUUCCGCCCGGCGUUAUUUGCGGUGAUUAA